GUCUCCGUAUAAAAGCGGCGCCGCCUCCCCGCCCUCUCUCACUCCCCGCUCCUCUCCGCCGCGCGCUCUAGGAGAGGGCGGAGGGGGAGGCGGCGCACAGCGCCAGGAGGAGGGGGGACGCAGGGGGCGGAGCCGAGACAGCACCUUCGGAGAUAAUCCUUUCUCCUGCCGCAGAGAAGACGAGCGGCGGGACCCGGACACUUCGCCGAGGCAUAGCGGGCCGGCAGGAUGGCGACCGUGGUGGUGGAAGCCGCCGAGCCGGAGCCGUCCGGCAGCAUCGCCAACCCGGCGGCGUCCACCUCGCCUAGCCUGUCGCAUCGCUUCCUCGACAGCAAGUUCUACCUGCUGGUGGUCGUCGGCGAAAUCGUGACCGAGGAACACCUACGGCGCGCCAUCGGCAACAUCGAACUCGGAAUCCGAUCAUGGGACACCAACCUGAUUGAAUGCAACCUGGACCAAGAACUGAAACUUUUUGUGUCUCGACACUCUGCAAGAUUCUCUCCUGAAGUCCCAGGACAAAAGAUCCUUCAUCACCGAAGUGACGUUUUAGAAACAGUGGUCCUGAUCAACCCCUCAGAUGAAGCAGUCAGCACUGAGGUGCGCUUGAUGAUCACGGACGCUGCCCGACACAAGCUGCUCGUGCUGACCGGGCAGUGCUUUGAAAAUACCGGAGAGCUCAUUCUCCAGUCCGGCUCUUUCUCCUUCCAGAACUUCAUAGAGAUUUUCACUGAUCAAGAGAUUGGGGAAUUACUGAGUACCACCCAUCCUGCCAACAAAGCCAGCUUAACCCUGUUCUGUCCUGAAGAAGGGGACUGGAAGAACUCCAAUCUCGACAGACACAAUCUCCAAGACUUCAUCAAUAUUAAACUCAACUCAGCUUCUAUAUUGCCAGAAAUGGAAGGACUUUCCGAGUUUACCGAGUAUCUCUCAGAAUCAGUGGAAGUCCCAUCUCCCUUUGAUAUCCUAGAACCUCCCACAUCGGGCGGAUUCCUAAAGCUCUCCAAGCCUUGUUGUUACAUUUUUCCAGGAGGGAGGGGCGAUUCUGCAUUGUUUGCCGUGAAUGGAUUCAAUAUGCUCAUCAACGGAGGAUCGGAAAGGAAAUCCUGCUUCUGGAAGCUCAUCCGACACUUGGACCGAGUGGACUCCAUCCUACUCACCCACAUUGGGGAUGACAAUUUGCCUGGAAUAAACAGCAUGCUACAGCGGAAAAUUGCAGAGCUCGAGGAAGAACAAUCCCAGGGCUCCACCACAAAUAGUGACUGGAUGAAAAACCUCAUCUCCCCUGACUUAGGAGUUGUAUUUCUCAAUGUCCCUGAAAAUCUGAAAAAUCCAGAGCCAAACAUCAAGAUGAAGAGAAGCAUAGAAGAAGCUUGCUUCACUCUCCAGUACCUAAAUAAAUUGUCCAUGAAGCCAGAACCUCUUUUCAGAAGUGUAGGCAAUACCAUUGAUCCUGUCAUUCUUUUCCAAAAAAUGGGAGUUGGUAAACUUGAGAUGUACGUCCUUAACCCAGUCAAGAGCAGCAAGGAAAUGCAGUAUUUCAUGCAGCAGUGGACUGGCACCAACAAAGACAAGGCUGAACUAAUCCUGCCUAACGGUCAAGAAAUAGAUAUCCCAAUUUCCUACUUAACCUCAGUCUCCUCUUUGAUCGUGUGGCAUCCAGCAAACCCUGCAGAGAAAAUCAUCCGGGUCCUGUUUCCUGGCAAUAGCACCCAAUACAAUAUCCUGGAAGGACUGGAAAAGCUCAAACAUUUAGACUUUCUGAAACAGCCGCUGGCCACCCAGAAGGACCUAACUGGCCAGGUGGCGACUUCAGCAGUGAAACAAGUAAAACUGAAACAGAGAGCCGAUAGCCGAGAAAGUCUGAAGCCAGCUGCAAAGCCACUUCCUAGUAAAUCUGUCCGAAAGGAGUCUAAGGAAGAGACCCCCGAUGUUGCAAAAGCUAAUCAUGUGGAAAAGGCGCCCAAAGUUGAAAGCAAAGAAAAGGUGACAGUGAAAAAAGACAAGCCCGUAAAAACAGAGACCAAACCUCUAGUGACCGAAAAGGAGGUCCCCAGCAAAGAAGAGCUGCCUCCCGUGAAAGCUGAGGUGGCUGAAAAGCCCGCCACAGAUGUCAAACCCAAAGUCGCCAAGGAGAAGACGGUGAAAAAGGAAACAAAGGCAAAAUCUGAAGAAAAGAAAGAGGAGAAGGAGAAGCCAAAGAAAGAAGUGGCUAAAAAGGAGGACAAAACACCCGUCAAGAAGGAAGAAAAACCCAAAAAGGAAGAGGUGAAAAAGGAAGUGAAAAAAGAAAUCAAGAAAGAAGAGAAAAAAGAACCCAAGAAAGAGGUUAAGAAAGAAACCCCGCUGAAGGAAGCCAAGAAGGAGGUGAAGAAGGAAGAGAAGAAGGAAAUUAAAAAGGAAGAAAAGGAACCCAAAAAAGAAAUUAAGAAACUUCCUAAAGACACAAAGAAAACAUCUACUCCUCUAUCUGAAGCCAAAAAACCAGCUGCAUUAAAACCAAAAGUACCCAAGAAGGAAGAGGCAGUUAAAAAAGAUGCUGUUGCUGCUGGGAAGCCAAAGGAGAAGGGGAAGAUUAAAGUCGUUAAGAAGGAAGGCAAGACACCAGAGGCUGCGGCUGCAGCCAUUGGCUCUGUGGCCGCGGCUGCGGCUGUGGUGGCCGCAGCUGGAAUAGCAAGCGCCGGCCCUGCCAAAGAACUCGAGGCCGAGAGGUCCCUUAUGUCAUCCCCUGAGGAUCUGACCAAGGACUUUGAAGAGUUAAAGGCCGAAGAGGUCGAUGUGGCAAAAGACAUGAAGCCUCAGCUGGAGCUGAUCGAAGAUGAGGAGAAACUGAAGGAUACUGAGCCAGUUGAAGCCUAUGUCAUCCAGAAAGAGACAGAAGUCAUCAAAGGUCCCGCUGAGUCUCCCGAUGAGGGAAUCACCACCACCGAAGGGGAGGGCGAAUGUGAACAAACGCCCGAGGAGCUGGAGCCAGUUGAGAAGCAGGGGGUGGACGACAUUGAAAAAUUUGAAGAUGAAGGAGCCGGUUUUGAAGAAUCCUCAGAGACUGGAGACUAUGAGGAGAAGGCAGAAACUGAGGAGGCCGAGGAGCCGGAAGAGGACGUUGAAGAAAAUGUGUGUGUGAGCAUUUCCAAGCACAGCCUCGUGGAGGAGGAGGAAAGUGCCAAGGCUGAGGCAGAUGUGCAUAUCAAGGAGAAGAGGGGGUCUCUGGCCAGUGGAGAUGACAGAGCAGAAGAAGACAUGGAUGAGGCAGUGGAGAAAGGAGAAGCUGAACUAUCUGAGGAGGAGGUUGAUGAAGAGGACAGAGCUGAGGAUGCCAGAGAGGAAGAAUAUGAGCCCGAAAAAGCUGAAGCUGAAGAUUACGUGAUGGCCGUGGUUGACAAGGCUGCGGAGGCUAGCGGUGUCGAGGAUCAGUAUGGAUUCCUUACCACAGCCAUCAAGCAACCAGGAGCCCAGUCUCCUGCCCGAGAACCUGCAUCUUCAAUUCAUGAUGAGACUUUACCUGGAGGCUCAGAGAGUGAGGCCACCGCUUCUGAUGAGGAGAAUCGAGAAGACCAGCCUGAAGAAUUCACUGCCACCUCUGGCUACACUCAGUCUACCAUUGAGAUAUCCAGCGAGCCCACCCCAAUGGAUGAGAUGUCUACUCCUCGCGAUGUGAUGAGUGAUGAGAUCAACAAUGAAGAGACAGAGUCCCCAUCUCAAGAAUUUGUAAACAUCACCAAAUACGAGUCUACACUGUAUUCACAGGAAUACUGCAAACCUGCUGUUACGUCACUCAAUGGAUUAUCUGAAGGAUCAAAAACAGAUGCCACAGAUGGGAAGGACUACAAUGCGUCAGCCUCCACCAUCUCACCACCGUCAUCCAUGGAGGAAGACAAAUUUAGCAAAUUUGCUCUGCGUGAUGCUUACUACUCUGAAGAGAAAGACCUGAAAGCCAGUGCCACAUUGACGAUCAAAGACACCAUCUCAGCAGUUUCUGAUGAAAAACUUAGUCCACCCAAGAGCCCAUCCCUGAGCCCAUCUCCUCCAUCACCCAUAGAAAAGACCCCCCUGGGUGAACGCAGUGUGAACUUUUCUCUGAUGCCCAAUGAGAUUCAAGUCUCAGCAGAGGCAGAAGCAGCCCCAGCGUCUCCUGAGGUGACCCAAGAAGUAGUUGAAGAACAUUGCGCUAGUCCUGAGGAUAAGACCCUGGAAGUCGUGUCUCCAUCUCAGUCUGUAACUGGCAGCGCUGGCCACACACCUUAUUACCAGUCUCCCACUGAAGAGAAAUCUGGUCACCUCCCCACAGAAGUAAUUGAAAAACCACCAGCAGUUCCAGUGAGUUUUGAAUUCAGUGAUGCCAAAGAUGAGAAUGAAAGGGCUUCCAUAAGCCCCAUGGAUGAACCCGUGCCUGACUCGGAAUCUCCUAUUGAAAAAGUUUUGUCUCCUUUACGGAGCCCUCCCCUAAUUGGAUCCGAGUCUGCAUAUGAAGGUUUUCUAAGUGCUGACGACAAGGCUGCUGGUAGAGGUGCUGAAAGCCCCUUUGAAGGAAAGAAUGGAAAACAAGGCUCUCCAGACGAAAUAAGUCCAGUUUCUGACAUAACUUCUGCUGGUCUUUUCCAAGACAAAGAGGAAGGGAAGAGCACAGACUUUAUACCAAUAAAGGAAGACUUUGGUCAAGAAAAGAAAACUGAUGAUGUCGAAGCCAUGAGUUCUCAAUCUGGACUGACUUUAGAUGAAAGGAAGUUAGGAGGAGAUGUUUCUCCUACACAAAUAGAUGUCAGUCAGUUUGGAUCUUUUAAGGAAGACACUAAGAUGUCCAUUUCUGAAGGCACUGUCUCAGACAAGUCGGCUACUCCUGUUGAUGAGGGUGUAGCAGAAGACACAUACUCUCAUAUGGAGGGUGUGGCCUCAGUAUCCACAGCUUCCGUGGCUACAAGCUCAUUUCCAGAGCCAACAACAGAUGACGUGUCUCCUUCUCUGCACGCCGAAGUUGGCUCCCCACAUUCCACAGAAGUAGAUGAUUCCCUUUCAGUGUCUGUCGUGCAAACGCCUACUACUUUCCAGGAAACAGAAAUGUCUCCAUCUAAAGAAGAAUGUCCAAGACCAAUGUCAAUUUCUCCACCAGAUUUCUCCCCUAAAACAGCCAAAUCCAGGACACCAGUCCAAGAUCACAGAUCAGAACAGUCCUCAAUGUCUAUUGAAUUUGGCCAAGAAUCCCCUGAGCAUUCCCUUGCUAUGGACUUUAGUCGACAGUCUCCAGAUCACCCUACGGUGGGUGCAAGUAUGCUUCACAUCACUGAAAAUGGGCCCACUGAAGUGGAUUACAGUCCUUCUGACAUGCAGGACUCUAGUUUAUCACAUAAGAUACCACCAAUGGAGGAGCCAUCCUACACCCAAGAUAAUGAUCUUUCUGAGCUCAUCUCAGUGUCUCAGGUUGAGGCCUCCCCAUCCACCUCUUCAGCACAUACUCCCUCUCAGAUAGCGUCUCCUCUCCAAGAAGACACCCUAUCUGACGUCGUUCCUCCCAGAGAUAUAUCCUUAUAUGCCUCACUCACCUCAGAAAAAGUACAAAGUCUAGAAGGAGAGAAGCUCUCACCAAAAUCUGAUAUUUCUCCACUCACCCCAAGAGAGUCCUCUCCUUUAUAUUCACCUAGCUUUUCAGAUUCUACCUCGGCUGUCAAAGAGAACAUAGCAGUUUGCCACACUUCCUCCCCUCCAUCGUUGGAUGCAGCAUCCGCAGAGCCCUAUGGCUUCCGUGCCUCGAUGUUAUUUGAUACAAUGCAACACCAACUGGCCUUGAACAGAGAUUUGACCUCCUCUGGUGUGGAGAAGGACAGUGGAGGGAAGACACCUGGUGACUUCAGCUAUGCCUAUCAAAAGCCCGAGAAAACAGCCAUGUCCCCAGAUGAAGAAGGUUACGACUAUGAGUCUUAUGAGAAAACCACCCGGCCCCCAGACGUGAGCGGCUAUUACUAUGAGAAGACAGAGAGAACCACAAAAUCCCCGUGUGACAGCAGCUACUCUUAUGACACCGUUGAGAAAACCACCAAGACCCCUGAAGAUGGUGGCUAUGCCUAUGACAUUGCUGAGAAGACCACCCGGAGCCCUGAAGAGGGCGAGUACAGCUAUGAGACAAGUGAGAAGACAAUGCGGUCCCCUGAAGGGAGCGGUUACAGCUAUGAAAAGAGUGAGCGGUCUAGAAGGCUCCUGGAUGACAUCAGCAAUGGCUAUGAUGACUCUGAAGAUGGCGGCCACACACUUGGGGAUUCCAGCUACUCUUACAAGACCACUGAGAAAAUUGCCAGUUUCCCUGAGUCUGAAAGUUUCUCCUAUGAGACACCUACAACAGCUACCCGAGCCCCUGAUGCUUCCACGUACUGUUAUGAGACGGCAGAGAAAAUUACCAGAACCCCCCAAGCAUCUACGUAUUCCUAUGAGACUUCAGACCAGUGCUACCCUGCAGAAAAGAAGUCCCCCUCAGAGGCUCGCCAGGAUGUGGACUUAUGCCUUGUGUCCUCCUGUGAAUACAAGCAUCCCAAGACGGAACUUUCGCCCUCCUUCAUUAAUCCCAAUCCUCUCGAGUGGUUUGCCAGCGAAGAGCCAAUUGAAGAAUCUGAGAAGCCCCUCACCCAAGCGGGGGGAGCCCCACCACCUCCAGGAGGAAAGCCACAGGGGCGACAAUGUGACGAAACCCCUCCCACCUCAGUCAGCGAGUCAGCUCCAUCCCAGACAGAUUCUGAUGUCCCCCCGGAGACCGAAGAGUGCCCUUCCAUCACAGCUGAUGCAAAUAUCGACUCUGAAGAUGAAUCAGAAACCAUCCCCACAGACAAAACCGUCACAUACAAACACAUGGACCCACCUCCAGCUCCCAUGCAGGACCGCAGCCCUUCUCCACGCCACCCUGACGUGUCCAUGAUGGACCCGGAGGCCUUGGCCAUUGAGCAGAACCUGGGCAAAGCUCUGAAGAAAGACCUGAAAGAGAAGACCAAAACCAAAAAGCCAGGUACAAAGACCAAAUCGUCGUCACCUGUCAAAAAGGGCGAUGGGAAGUCGAAGCCCUCUGCAGCUUCACCAAAACCAGCGGGCUUGAAAGAAUCCUCAGAUAAGGUGUCCAGAGUGGCUUCUCCUAAGAAGAAGGAAUCUGUGGAAAAAGCAACAAAAACCACUACCACUCCUGAGGUCAAAGCUGCACGUGGGGAAGAGAAAGACAAGGACACCAAGAAUGCUGCCAACACUUCCGCAUCCAAAUCGGUAAAGACUGCAGCUGCAGGUAGGUGGAAGGUGCCAGCACCCUGAUACAGGCCACAACUAUUCCACUGUGACCGGAGCCUUUGAAUGUCCCUGUGACUUGGUA